UGCCCUCUGUUCCCUGCCCCUGCCUGUCUGUCUCCAUACAUGCUGACUGACUGGUUGGGCUGUUACUAUGACCAUUAAAGACACGUGCUGUCAGAAACACGGGACACCUGCGGCGGCAGCACCUGGCCAGCACUGAGAGGCUUCAGCAACGCUUCAGCAACGCUCCCACCGUCCCCCCGUUGGCUCCUGGAAGGCAAGGCAAGUUUAUUUAUAUAGCACAAUUCAACACAAGAAGACUGGAAUAAACCAGGAAGAAUCAGUCACUGUGAGAUUACAGGAGCAUCCGUAUGAUGAUUGAGAGUGACAGAGAGCUGUCGGCCAUGGUGCAGGAGCUGUGGGACAACGACGUCAACAGACUCAAGCCUGGAGAGGACUACCGGAUCUCCCUGCAGGGCAAAGCUGGAGACAACAUGUGCAAUGACGACAAUGACGGAGCAGGAUAUCCUCUGUUUUCAUUCGUCAACGAGAACAUGUUCAAAAAGGAAACAUUUUUAGCCUUUAUCUCCCUGCUGGAUAACUAUGAGAGCGACACUGGUGAGCCAGAGAUUGUAACUCCUGAGGAGGAGGCGGAGAACCACAAGUUCCUGGACUCCAUCAUUCAGACUCCCACGAUGAAGAUUGCCCAUAAGUAUCUGGUGCAGAAAAAACUCUCCCCUAAGAACGAGACUGAUUUCAAAAGCCAGCUGUAUCGGAUCUGGUUUGAACUCUACGCGAGGAGAGGAUCCAGCAGGCCCGACUCUUCUGGAUUUGAACACGUUUUUGUCGGAGAGACAAGAGACAAGAGGACUGUUAUCGGUUUUCACAACUGGAUCCAGUUGUACUUACAAGAAAAGCUUGGACACAUUGAUUAUAAAGGCUACAGUGUCACUGCACAUUCACCCCAGCCCGACGAGAACAAACACAUCCUGGCCCUUCAGUUCAGCUGGAAGAACGGCAUAAAGCCCAAGGGCAGCAUCUUCAUCGGCGUCAGCCCCGAGUUUGAGUUUGCCCUCUACACGCUGUGUUUCCUCAGCUCGCCAAAUGAACGUGUCAAAGUCCAGUUCAGUUUUUACGACGUGGAGAUUGUUUGCCACCACUACAACCAGAAGCACAUAGGCACCACCUACCCCGUGCUGCUCAAGUACCUAAAACCCUGAGAAACCUGACUAGCAAUCAAUCUGCAAUGUCAAACUAUCACAGGUGUUGUUGUUGUCUUUUUAUUUUCAAUAAAGAUACAAUAAAACCUUUGAAGACCUACA